UGGCAUAUGGGAUAGGCCUAGGCUAGCCAACUAUUAAAAGUAAAAGGGUUCCCGGAAAAGCCUGUUUUUGUUUAUUAAUGCAGCAUUAAUAGAUGACAUCACUGUGUUUUGUAAUGUAAUAAUGUAGAAUAUAAAUGUAAGUCUAUAUAUUUAACGGGAAAAUACCGAUGCCAUAUUUGAAAGGGUCCAUGCUUGGCUGGACUCAGGAAGCGUGUCCGCCCGGCAGUUGGUGCGGAGGGGGACUCGACGGCGAGAGCUUCAGGCGGUUAGUGAGCUGGCGACGGACACCGAAGUAUCUCAACGACGGCUUUCCUAACAUCUUAAAUCAACGCAGCAAUGAACACACUUUUACUGUAGCGGUCGUUUUGUGACAUGUCCAGAUUGAACAAUGGGAUCGUGAUCGGAGGCAGCUGCACUCCAAUGGUCGAGGACCUCACCUCACUUCACUAGAAUGUACUUGAUGAAUGUACCUCCUGUCGCAGUGACACAAACAGAAUGGAGAACAUGUGGCCCACCUGGAGGCUAUAGCCUUCCAACUUGCUUCAAUGACUCGGACACUGAGUUGUCCACCAGAGGCACACCUAUCUCAGAUAAGGUCCAGAUGAUCAUAGAGAGCCUUAGGAGCACCCAAUCCUCACUCGAGAUGGGCGACGAGAUCGAGGGAAAUGUGCCAGCAGGACAGGAAGGUCAUCCCCAAGUCUGCAAAGUUGCAGUGAGUUCUUAUGUUGGAACCAAGUCCAAAACUAAAGGUGCCACUGAAAACCAACCGGCAGAUGUUUCUUCCCCAAACAACCAUAACAGCAGUGACUCAGACAGCGAUGAUUCUGUAGACAGAGGAAUUGAGGAGGCAAUACUGGAAUACCUGAAGGAAAAGGAUGAUCACAAACGCAAGGCAGAACCAUGCUUCACCACCUUUCUACAAUCAUCCAAAAUUGCCAGGAGAAGCCCACCUGCCCCUGAGGAGGUUUCCAAACAGAACACUGACAGCAAUGCAUUUUUCAUUGCCAGUAGUGAGUUUUCAAAAAGUGUCAAAGCUGAGACUCUCACAGCACCAGCUGUUUUACCUAUACAAAAGUAUAUCAAAAGCAUCCCUAAAUACCUAAAUGACAACCCGGUUAAGAAAUUUGAUAAAAGUACAACAACCAAAAGUUUAGUUUUGCCCAGAGAGCAGACAAAGAGCCCCUCUAAAACAAUCAGCCUCUUCAACAAAGUAAAGUGCCCGGUCACAGUUAAGGUGGAGGAAGACUCAAAUGAUUCCAGUAGUGAUGACGGCAUCGAGGAGGCCAUUCAAAGAUUCCAAUUGGAGAAAAAGGAGCAGCAGAACAAAAGGGAAACUGUCAUUCCACCUGCACUCAAAGAGGAGUCCGACUCCACCAGCGACGAUGGGAUUGAAGAAGCUAUCCGCAGCUACCAGCUUGAGCAACUCAAGGAGAAGAGCAUCCUGAAGCCAUUUUUACACAAGCAAAAACCCAUUACGAAGUCAUUAAUACAUGCUGUUGGAAGUACAAGCACGGAAAACAUGAAGAAACACAGACUGAGAAAGAAAAAGACCAGAGCAGAGAAAGAACUGAAAUUUGUUCAACCUCCUGCUUCGUCUGUUUUCACACCCAAUCAUACACUUUCAGAGAGCUUGGAGGGUAAAGGAAAUGGUUUGCUUAUGUUUAAAGUAGAGGGUUUUAAAGAGCAACCGAGCCCUGCUCUUCCAAAGGCUAAUACAACUGCAGAGCUCAUGUGUGCCGAGGCAAUACUGGACAUUUCAAAAACUGUUAUGCCGGGGGCCUUCCAUCAUAGCGUUGCCCUUAGCAGUUGUACCCCCACCGAAUCUUCCUUGCAGUCUUCACCUCCUGACAACUGCCCAGAUGAAGAAAGUGAUGGCAGCUCCAUUGAUAGUGAAGAAGGGAUAGAGCAAGAAAUCCGGAAAUUUCUUGAGCAGAAGGCCCAAAUGCACAAACAGCCACCCACUGCUACGACUCAAGAGCCUCAAAGUAUAAAUGAACCAGGGAAAGCAAAAGAAGUGGCAACCCAAAAGAAACCUCAAAAAUUGUCUUUGACACAGCGAAGAAAACAAAAGGAGGAAAAUUGUAGCAUUUCCAACAUGUCGAGGCCAGAUAACGAUGUUGGAGAAACAGCCCCUAAACCUUUACCAGAGCAUCAAGAAGAAUCCUGCCCGUUGGUAAUUUCCCAGAAAACUCAAACGCACCCAAUAGCUGGAUUUUGCAAGACAGAGCAAAGUGAAGACAAAAGCAGCUCACUUGACAGUGAUGAGGACCUCGACACCGCUAUAAAAGACCUGCUCAAGACAAAAAAGAAGUCAAAGAAAAAAACGAGAGACUUAAAGCGGAAAUCAAGGAUGAGCCUCAAAGAUGAAGAAACACUGCUGGGAAAUGCUGUGAAGACCAAAACGUUCAAACCGGAUCCUAUUUCCAGGCGCAAUCCUUUGAAAAAAGUAGAAAAGAGUAAGGAUGACAUAAAAGACAAGUCUGGAUCAAGUAAAAAGGGCGUUUCACAACAUAAACAAACUAAUAAGAGUAAAGAGCAUGAUGUGCAUGAAGGUGAAACGGCAGCGGGGGGUAGAGACCCCCCGCUGCCGCACAGUACCCAGGCUGCUCUUGAGAUAAAGGAAGACAGCAGUUCAGUAGACAGCGAUGACAGCAUUGAGCAAGAGAUCAGAAGGUUUCUGGCUGAAAAGGCCAAAGUUUCCACUGCAGAGAAAAGUAAAGAUGUUUUGAGGAAUGUUACUGUGGUGGCUUGCACCCCACUUCAAGUUGAAGACAUUAAACAGGAAAAUCAGCUGGCUGAAGUUCCAAAAACAAGUAUCAGUCCUCUCUCUGGACAGUCUCCUUUGAGUAGUCGGCCUCUUCCAACACCACAGAGUUUGCUGCCAGACCUCUCUACCGUUGGGGCACAAUCGCAUCUGUCCUCAGUCCAGUCCAGGAGCCCCGGUCUGUUGGAGCCAGCAGACGGGGCCGGGGCUGCCAGAACCGAGCAAAGGAGGCCUAGCAUUGGUAGGGGCGACGUCCAGGAUGUGAUCCCUCAGACGGAGAGAGCUCGGCCCGUUUUGAGUGCCAACAUUGGUCUUUCUCGCUCGGAGUCAAUGAAGUGGCGCCAGAGCUUUGGACUCCCCACGACCGACUCUAGAACUUUCAGUCGAACUCCAUUCCAAAUCACCUCAUCUAAAAUCAGCGAGACUGCAUCAGCAACUCCACCAUAUCAAAGCGGGGGACCCAAAUCACAGACUCCAGUCACUGUUUGGUCCUCUGCAAGGACCAGCAGAGCAUCUUUCCCCUGCUCUACAGAGACAAAUGUAAAUACCACGUUUAGAUCCCCUGUUUUGAAUAUUAUGUCUACUGCCAGGACACAUCCAAGGAUGUCCUUUGCACGGAGCCUUGUGCCCGCCCACAGGUCCCAGUGUCCUAUGAAAGGAGAGACUGAGAGUAUGGUGCAUAUGUCUAAAGACAAGAGUGUGUUUGUUGAACUGGAAUCUAAUAGGACCAACCAUGUCCAGGUUCGAAGCAGGGAAAGGAGCAAGGGAAGAGAGAGCGCAGACUUGCUAAGUGAGAAAAAAAGAGAAGGCGAGAGCAUGAAGAUAGAUGAUAAAGAAGUGCAUCUAGAAAGAACAGAGGAAGAAUUUAUAGAUGAGGCAGAUUGUCAGUCAGGCAACAGGAGAAAUCCAGAGAAGACGCAGGGCUUUUCCACAUUGUCGUUGUCCAGUGCCAUUGAUCCUGGCAUCACCUUCAUACCUUGCAUAGCUCUUACCACAGAGGAGAGAAGCACGAUGUUCAACAGGAGAUACCCUGCUAAAAAAUUCCAUAAGGGGGUACCUUCUGACAGUAGGGCUCCAUUGCAGAGAAAGACUGUGCAACGUGUCAAAAGAAAGCUUCAGUUCGUUCCAGUCAACAGGAGAAAUGAAGCACCCAGUCACCACAGCAUAACCGAGUAAAACUUAAUUAAUUAAACGUGCAUGUUUGUUUUUCUAAGGUUUGCUGUUGGCUUUUAUGUUGCAAGCUGGUCGCAGUUUUAUAGUUUGGAUUAUGGCCUCUUUUUCUUUACUUUUUUUUUUUUAGAACAUUUAUUUUAGGUGGAUUUUGGGGAAAACAAAUGUUUUUGCCCUCUUUUAUAAUGUUAAGUUAGGUUUAUGUGCAGUUUAGUGUCCCAAAUUCCACUAUGGCCACGCCAAGACUCGCCCUACAAAGUAGCUCGAUUGGUUGGG